CUGAGCAGACUGACCAGGUGAGCUGGGUUUGGUGCUGGCUGGGUGUCGGGAGAUAUCAGCAGAAAAGUCGGGCUGGGGAGGAGCUCCCAGGUCCAACGGUGCCCUUCUGCAUGGCUGUAUCCAGGGAAAAUGGGUUCUUGUUCAGAUUGCAUCCCACGUUUUAGUGAGGAUGAUGAAAAGGCAUUCCUCCCCUGGGAAAUUGCUGCCGGGCCCCCACCUUCAUGUCAGACCUUCAAAAGGAAGCAGAGCGCAGACUUCAUAGGGUGCAACUUGUGCCUCCCUGCUCCGUGGGUUGCUUGGUGUGCCAUACCCAGCAGGUGCUUCAGCAAACCGCGCUGAAGUCACGGCAGAGAGCCAGGUGCUCAGCUGGGGACAUGGGCGGUCAGCACACCUGUGGGGGAAAAGGGGACCUGGGGGCACUUGCUGACAGAAGCCAUGGCAGUCAGACCCCAGCUGCAGCCAGUGAUGGGCAGGCAGUUCUUGCAGCCAGCUGAUUUCCAAGCAUUGCCUUCCUCAAGAGACGACAUUGCAUGGCAGAAGAAAGCUGGGAAAAUGCUUCUUCCUCAUGGCUUUUCCCUUGUUGAUGCUUUCUGUAGGUUCCUCUCCAAAAGGAGAACUCAGGAAUCCAGGCAGCUGAAGAUUGCAGUGCUGCAGGCGAUGUCAAGGACAAAACCUGUGCAUCUGUGGAACGGUGCGGGGCAAGGGGGGAAACGGAAAGCCUCCGCAGAAGCUGAUGCCAGUGGCCUUCCCCUGAAGCGCAGCCAUGUGGAAAGCCAGGAGUGUGGCACAGCACCCAAGAGAGACAGAGGUGCUGAGUCCGAGGGAAAGAUCGACCCGAAAGCGGUGCAGGAAGUGCUUUCUGGGAGAGCUCGUCUCCAGGCUGGGGGGCUUCCUCCAUCAGCAGGUCCCAGCUCGGGGGGAAGACCUGCCCCUGCCGUGUGCCCCCGCUCUGUCUCUGAGUCCCUGGCUGGAUGCAAACGCAAGGGCUUGGAAGAAGAGCUGCAAACAGCGCAGCUGCCUGCCUGCAAAAGAGCCAGAGGUCAGAGCGGAGGCAGCGUGCUGGCUCCAGCAGCACAGCCUGGGCCUGCUGCAGCACGGAGCCCCAAGCUGACAGAGGGGAAAAGAGUUGAAGCCUCCAAAGUCCCAAGGCAGUGAGGUGCCACACAAGAAGACGACGACAGAAAGAGAGG